AGCUGCCAAAUCCAUCCAGCCAGCCAGCCAGCGAGAGAGGGAGGGAGGGAGAGAUAGACCUUCGCAAAGGGACCGGAGCGCUGCCGAAGCGAGUCCAUUCAAACCCCCAGCAUCGUGGAAGUUUCAUCCCAGCGGCCAAACCGGGUCCAUUUCAAUCGGUUAACCGAGCUGGACUUUAACUCUUUAACAACCGAGUGUUUCUUUUUCAAGGGGGAUUCAACGUGGCAAGAAUUUUAUCAACCUUUUUUUUUUUUAGCCCAUGUAGUUCUCUCUAAGUUAGCCCUCGGUGAUUGAGGGGUAUCGGCUGGGAUCUGCUGUGAAUCUUUUGUUUGUGCGGCUGGAUAUUUUCUGUGUGUGUGGGUGGGUGAUCUAGCGGGGUCUGUCCGAGAUGACCACCCUCGCCGCUCUCCCCGCGACCUGCACCUUCCUCCUGCUCCUGUCGCAGUGUCUGCACGCCCACCCCCCUCCUCAAGACCCCCGAGCCGAGGUCCGAGCCGGCCCGGGGAGCGGGGACAAGGCAGCGGUCUCCCUGCCCACCCUAUCCCGAGCAGCAGAAGAUGGAGCAACAUCUCUCCGGACUGGCCAAGGACCCGCUCCUGGGCGAUCCAAGAAAGUGUUACACGGAGUGGAGGGCACCCUCCCAGACGCGCGGAGGAGACGCGAGGAACCAGACAGUCUACCGACAGUGACACCGGAGGUGGCGCUGAAACCGUCCGGGACGCCUAAAAAGGUCAAGAAAGAAAAGAAGCCAAAGGUGAAGACGCCCAAGACAAAGAAGAAGAAGAAGAAACCGAAGGAGAAAGCUCCAAAGGCAAAGAAAGAGAAGAAGCCCAAAGAGAAAACUGCCAAACCCAAAAAGGACAAGAAACCCAAAGAGAAGGUGCCCAAAUCUGGGAAAGAAAAAGCCCCAAAGAAACCAGUGGGCGAACAUGAGGGGAUUGUGGAGCCCGUGCGGGAAGAGAUGAUUCAGCCUGAGGAAGGAUACAAGGAAAAACCAACUGACCCCUCCAGGGGAAUUCAUGAGGAAAUUCUCAGAGGCUUGGACAAAUCUAACCAGGACCUGAAUCCCACCGAAUCCCCCAGCAAUGCAUUCACACCACCCAUUGUUAAAGCAUACUACAAUGUGACAAAGGAAAUGAUCGGGGAGGAGAAGACGGGAAAACCUACGGAAUCGUCAGAUAUUCCAACGCCGUCGUAUGGAGGGAAUUAUGAUUAUGGAAUAGAUGAAGAUGCGGAUGAAUAUGGGUGGAGCAACCCGGAGAGCCAACCAAAUAAACCCUCCGGCACAACAUUGGAGAAGGAACUCGAGUUUGAGUUGGAUAUUGAGGAAGUUGAGACAGAUGAACACGGGGAAUUACAACCCAAAGAGUCCAAAACUGACGAGACGUAUGACUACGGAGAUAUAUGGGACGAGAACCCUUGGGAUGGAGACACAACACAAUCCAACGAGACCGAAACUGAUGAGACCUAUGACUAUGGAGACACAUGGGAGGAAAACCCUUGGGAUGGUGAAACAUCACUGCCGAUAGAACCCAACCCUGAUGAAACGUAUGACUACGGAGAUACUUGGGACGAAAAGCCUCGGAAAGAAUCAAAACCUAAGGAGACACCAGAAGAACCAGAGUCAGAAGAAUAUUAUCCACCUCUAGGAAAAGAAUGUCCUCCUCUGGGUCUUGAGUCCCACAAGAUCGGUGAUGAUCAGAUAUUGUCAUCUUCUUUCCUUCGACAUGGUCUUGGCCCUCACCGCGUCCGACUUAAUAUGCAGGCUGGUAAUGAAAAUGAAAAUGAGGAGGAAGAGGACUAUCAUGAUGGAGCCUGGUGCGCUCAAGCAGAUGACCAAACACAGUGGAUUGAAAUAGAUGCUCGAAAACUGGUUGAAUUCAGUGGAGUGAUCACACAAGGCCGGGAUUCACUGCUCCACAAUGACUGGGUGAACACGUACUAUGUGCAGUUCAGCAAUGACAGCCGUACAUGGAUGACGUACACAGAUGGAUAUUACGAUUGGCUAUUUUUCGGGAACGUGGACACAGACACACCAGUUCUGAGUGAAUUCCCAGAAACAGUUGUUGCUCGUUAUAUCCGAAUAAAUCCACAGAGCUGGAAUGGAAGUCUGUGCAUGAGAAUGGAGGUGCUUGCCUGCCCAGUGUCCGCACCCAACCAAUACGAGUCAUAUCAAGUGACUUCAGCAGCAGGACUUGACUUCAGGCACCACAACUACAAAGAUCUGCGUCAGCUGAUGAAGGUUGUGAAUGAGCAUUGCCCGAAUAUUACUCGGAUUUAUAACAUUGGAAAAAGUUCCCAAGGAUUGAAGAUAUACGCUAUGGAAUUGUCAGAUAAUCCGGGAGAACAUGAACCUGGGGAACCAGAAUUUCAUUACACAGCUGGAAUGCAUGGGAAUGAGGUCUUAGGGAGGGAGUUACUACUGCUUCUAAUGCAAUUCCUGUGUAAGGAAUACAUCUACGGAAACCCCCGGAUCACACGAUUAAUCGAUAACACAAGGAUACACCUUGUACCCUCACUCAAUCCAGACGGUUACGAACUGGCUUAUGAAAUAGGGUCAGAGUUAAGCAGCUGGGCGCUGGGGUACUGGACAGAAGAAGGAUUUGACCUCGGGGACAACUUUCCAGAUCUGACUUCAAUAUGGGCUACAAAGGACCCAAGAGGUGUUCAAAAAGUUGCCAAUCAUCAUCUUCCUAUCCCAGAGGAAUAUCAGUCAGAAGAUGGAGCGGUUGCUAUGGAAACACGUGCCGUCGUAGCAUGGUUAGAAAAGAUCCCCUUUGUGCUUGGAGCCAACAUCCUUGGAGGGGAGCAAGUGGUGACGUUUCCAUUCAACAUGGCAAGAGCCAAAGAGGAGAGUGAAGAGAUGAUGCGCAGAGCACAAAUGGUAGAGGAUUACGAGGAAGGGGAAAAUCUCAGUUACCUGGAUACUCCAGAUGACGGGGUAUUCCAUUGGCUUGCCACCUCCUUUGCUUCUGCACAUCUCGGGAUGACUGAGACAUAUCAAGGCAAAUGCCACACUGACGAUUUCACCAAAGGUUUUGGAAUCAUCAAUGGUGGUGCAUGGCAUCCAUCUGUUGGCACUAUGAAUGAUUUCUGUUACCUGCACACUAACUGCUUCCAGCUCUCCAUUUACGUCGGCUGUGACAAAUUCCCUCACAAGAGCGAGCUGCCUAAGGAAUGGGAGGACAACCUGGAGGCUCUGCUCCACUUUAUGGAACAGAUACAUCGUGGAAUAAAAGGUCUGGUACGGGAUUUGGAUGGAAAUGCAAUUGCCAAUGCCACAGUGUCAGUUGAUGGAAUAAACCAUGACGUGAAAACAGCGGCUGAUGGCGACUAUUGGCGAAUACUGAACCCUGGCGAUUAUCAAGUGACUGUGAAAGCAGUGGGUUACGCAGCCGGCAACAGGGUGUGCUACGUGGGAUACGAGAACGAAGCAAGGCAGUGCGACUUUCAUUUGCGCAAAUCCAACUGGCAGAGAAUACAGGAGAUCAUGGAACAAUAUGGACGCACGCCCAUUAACGUGAUCAUGAAGCGAGGAAGGAGAGUAAAGAAGAUCCGCAGAAUUCGAGUGCGUGCAGGACACCGGAUGCGACACCAAAACCAGACCCGGACUUAGAGUAGAGAACUCGUUCACUUGUACAUUCGUGGAUUUAAUUAGGGGGUGCAGAGUCCUCUAUUUAGAACCAAUUAUGUCACGGAAGGGCUUUUAAUAAUAUGUCUGUUGAAAAAGUUUGACCAAUGUUGUGAAUUGCCAUCAUCAGGCCCAGAUCAAUACGAGUGUGGAUCAAGUUUCAGGCAGAUUUAAUUUUGUGAAGAGACAGAUCAGCACUUGUUUAAAACUGACCUGUCAAACAAAGCGACAUUGGUACUAACAUAGUAGUUUAUAUACAGCACUAUGUAUUGUUGCCCAGUUUUAUCAGAUGAGAAUCAAACCUAUCUUAUGGCCAAGCUUAACAUGGGUGCUUCAGGAUGAAAAUGAGUCUCCAAACCUCACCUUUUGUGCAAUUUAAUUAGAAAGAAACAUAUACAACCAUCCUAGUACAGCAAAACUGCAACCUACAUCGACUUCCCUCACUGAAUCAAAUUAAACUCCAUGACAUACAUUUCAAGUUAGUUUUCAGAAACCUUAUUUCAUCUGAAUAUGCAAAACUCUAGCCAAAAACAAAUUUAGUAGAUUUCUAGAUAUAAGGGAAGAAAAAACAAACUUCUAGAGGUACUCAUCAAGUAGCAAAAUUAAACAUUUAAUUGCUGCAACACUAUAGCUGAUUACUGCCAAUUACAGUAGAUGCGGAAACAACUGCUCAGAUUAUUUUCUAUUCACUACGUUAAAUAAAGAUUUGUAAAGGUUUGAAAUUUUAUUAAAGAACAAUUCUAAAAAUGGUCACCAGGUCUGUUCUGUAAACAGAAAAACAGAGCAAACAUUUCAGGCCUCAGAUUUGAAAAAGUUGGUUCCUACUUCUAUUUGUAAAAUGAAUGCCAGAGCUCGAGAGAUAACCACUACUUGCUCCAGUGCAGUGUAUUUUCUAACAUUGAACCAGUUAUCAUGUGGACCUAACGUGAAAACAAUCUUUAAAAACAUCAGACAAAAAUGACGACAAAGGCACACACGGCAAUAGCAAGCGACUUUUCAGUGAUCUGGUAAAAACCGUUCAACACUUGCUUGUGCCUUCCACCCUUAUUAUUGUUGAGCGUUGGAAGUCAAAUGUCUCACAAAUAAAUCAUGGAAAGAUUACUGGUGCACUUCUGUUUAGUAACUUGUCAGUUUCUUUGUUGAACUAAAUUAAGGCGAAUGUUGCAAUCAAAAGCAACGUUUUCGUCUAUUCCACCAAAUAGACUUCUUAGAAUGGAAAAUUACUGUUAUUGAUAGCUACAAUCUCAUAACAAGUAGCAUGAUAAAUUUCUAUGACUGAGGUAGACAUUUUAGUUCCAGGGAGAAUGUAAAUCUCGAUUUUUUUUCUUUCAUCGCACAACCAAUUUUAGAUUGGUAUUAAUAACAAUAGUUUUCAAUACUGGGAAAUGUGUUCAUUGAUUAGAUGUUGAGAGUGAUGUGCAUUCAUCUCAGUGAAUAGACUAGAUGGAGGGGUAAAGAUUAUGGUUAAUAGCAAAUUUCUUAAAGAGAGAUCGGUAAUUAAUAUUGCAGUCAUAAUUAUUUUCUUGUGCAAAUGUUACAUAAUAGAAAAGGUUUAUUUCAAAUAGAUAGAAAAUCUAAAUAGAUAAGGUUCUCAUAUGAUUUCAUUGCACAGAAGUUCCUUUAUGUCUCAAAAUGUAUCUAUCAUUUUAAAACAGAAUAAAA